ACUCAAGCCUUCAACUGUCAUGUCAAAAUACACACGACGACAGGUUACAUUUUUGAUUAUGUCGAAUAAUCAGAAUAAUAUCAGGCAUUUCAUAUAAAUUAUAAAGAAAAUGACCGAGGAUCAAGAUGCUAAGGACUCUCAGUCAGACUCCGGUAGCAAAAAUUUUGCUUCAAAGAACAAGGAUAAAAAGAUAAAACCACAACGUCCACUGACCAAAAUAGUACUUCGACGCCUGCCCCCAUCCAUGACGGAGGAAGCGUUCUUGGAACAAGUAUCUCCAAUUCCAGAACAUGACCACUUCUAUUUUGCUAAACCUGAUACUUCUCUAGGGCAUAAUGUUUACUCUAGAGCUUACAUAAACUUUGUGAAUGUUGAAGAUAUCUAUCUUUUCAGGGAUAAAUUUGAUGGAUAUAUAUUUUUGGAUGAAAAAGGAGUCGAGUAUGUGGGUAUUGUUGAAUAUGCCCUGUUUCAAAGAAUACCCAAGAAAAAAAAGAAAAAAGACCCAAAAUGUGGCACUAUAGAGAGCGACCCCAUCUAUCAAGAGUUCAUUGAGAGCCUCACCAAGGAUCCGGAAUCUGAAAAUCAACCUAAAUUGGAAUUCUCAUAUCCAGUAAAUGAUGGAAAUGAUAAGAAAGUGCAGUCUACACCACUUCUGGAGUACCUUGCCGCUCGCAAGCAGAACAAGAGUGGGAGAGAUGAGCGCAGAAGACGGGAAAAUGACAAGAGAAAGAUGAGGAUUGAACGAAAGACUAAGGAAAUGCCCAUUAAGAGACCUGGUGAUAUAUCAGAUGAUGAAACUUAUACUGAAAAUUGCGACUAUUCUGAGCACAAACACAAAAACUUUUGGUUUGGAGAACAAAGAGUGUACCACAAAAGUAAAUUGAAGGCCACUGUCAAACCAGAAUUAAAAAAUGUACAUGGCUCUGAUGAGUUUAUAAGCACCGACUCAGAUUGGGACAGUCAAUUUCCAGCUUUAUCUAUGAAAACUCAUAACACUUUUACCCUUACUUCUGGUAAAUUUUAUGGCAAAGAAGAGACAGUAGAACCCAAUGAAAAGAGUGGGGGAGACACUUGUGUCAAGGAGGAAGAGACUGGAGAAGAAGUUAAGAAAAUUAAAUCACGUGAAUGGGAAAAAGAGAAAUCAUCAACUGAUUUAAAAGACGAUUCUUCAAGAUCCGAAAUUAAAGAUGGAGCUAUAUAUGAGUCAAAAACUUAUAGAGAGCAACGAAAAGCUGGAAACAAUGCAGUUAUUGAUAAAAAAGUUAAGAAAACUGAGGGUGAUAAAAAAGAAAUUUCUGGUAAAGAUGUAGAGCAAGAUGAAGAUUCAGACCGGGGUUUCAAAAGAGAUAAAAGAGAUAAGUUCAAGGAAUCGCCACGAGAAUCCAAAAGUAAGAAGUAUAGUGACACCAGAAAAGAAAGAAUUAAACAAACUGAAUUUGUGAAAUCAGAAAAGCAAUCAGUUAUCAACAAAAUUAUUUCAUCUGAUGGCAAAUCCAAAUCACUUAACCAUGACGAUAUUAAACCAUUCACUCAACUGCCACAAGUGAAAACUGACGAUUUGACCAAAAUAAUAGAGGGUAUGGAUAAAAAAAUGAAACUUGAAGAAGCACAGAAGGAGCAUAUGCCAGAUAAUGUUUCUGCUGUAUCUGCAAAGACCAGGAGGAGCAGUUUAGAAUCAGGAGAAAUGACAACAAAAGAUGAAUCUGUCUUAAAAAGACAAAAAUCGCUUGAUGAUAGGAGCAAAUCAACUGACAGAGAAGGUUCUGAAGAAAAAGAAAAGAGUGAGAGCGGUGACCGACGCACAGAAAGGAGAAUUAGAAAUAAGGACCGCCCAAGCAUGGUUAUAUACCAACCAGGAAUGGGAAAAUUCAGUAAACAAAGGUUAGCAAAAGAAAAGGACACACAACCACAAACUGCGGCAAAACCGGUGAACGAUAGUGAAAAGAAAGACACCUGAGGAUAUGGUCACGUUACCCGAAAUUUGGACACCAUUUAACGGAAUCACCACACGCUGGCAUUGAAAAUAUGUCCUUGGGGAAGUAGAAGAGGUCAUUGAACAUGCCAACUGAUGGACACACUGUUCGAGUUUACUAAACUGUUGUUUUUAUUAUUUCUUUAGUUUACAUACAGUGAAAUGAAGGCGAUGACGUUUUCACAAUCAACAUAGCAUUCAGUGCUUCAUAUUUUUAUUUAGCUUGUGACCGUUUAGUUCAGUUUAUUUCAUUUAAAUAUAAUUCAUUUUUUAAACAGC